GCUCAACUACACUGAACUGAGCUGAACUGUCAAGACUUACCAAUAUUUCCCUCUUUAUGACCAGAACCGUGGAGUAUAACUAUAACGGCAGUGCUGUUUGCAUAAUUCUCUGCUUUGCUCUGUAUGAUAGAAAGAAGAAAGUGCACUUUACUCCUUCAUUUCUCUUGCUCUGUUUUUCUUCCCGUUUUUUUCUAUCGUGCUGCUGUAUUGGCGUUUUAUUAGUGCUGUUUUUGCUGCUUCAAUUAACUUGGGCCCGCCGUUUUUUUCCUAUCAACUCCUGAUACCAUUUUUACUAUUCGCUCUUCUGUUUAAACCCACAAAUUCUCAAUGAGAACGUUGCCCAAUACAUCUUUCCCCGCUAUGCUUUUAAUUUUCCGUAAACCAGUGUCUGCAGCCCAUUAAAGUCGGGUUAAAUUUUCCCUACAUCUCAAGAUGCCUCCUUUUAAUCCCUCAUUUUGUUCAAGUUUUCCCUGCCAAAAGUGAACAAACGUUUUUUUUCUCUGAUGUUUUCCACCAUAAGGGUCGUGUUAAAGUUGAUAACGGACCCUCCUCUCAUAAGCUUGAUGCAAACAUAAUUACACCCCGUUCAAACUGUGUUGCACUCACUGCUGCCAUCUAUUUUUUCUAACAAUCGUCGUGCGUUCAGCUGACGUAAAAGAAGUUAAAUAAUUAUCAUAAAGCUCAUAACCACUUCACUUCGUUGCAUCAAAUAAAUUGCAUCAUUUUUGUUUUGUAUUAUGUGUUUCUUCAUUCAAAUCGACGGUGACUAAAAUUUUAUCUUAUUUGAACGUUGGAGCUGCAGUUGGUUUGAACAAGUCUAAGAUAAUAGUCGAUAGACGCUACCAAUUUAUUAUCAAUUCUGGAAUAGUUUUAUAAUAUUUUGUCAGGCUAAUCAACAGUCCAGCUGCAAUUUUUAACUCCUUUGCUUAAAGUUUUGGGUUACAUCACGAAUAUUAUGCCGGAAGUUCUCGUCAUUAUAUUCUAAACAUAGCGGCUAAAUGUCACUCCGCAUUAUUGGACAUAGAAUCAGCCACAAUUAGCAAGGAAGUAAAUGUCAUGGCAGUCGAAAGCUUAAAGGUUUUCAUUUCUAUCCGCCCGGGGGUUUUGUGUAACCUUGAUAUCAUUUCACCGCCCAAAAAUGGUUACUUAAUUCUGACUUGAGCGAAUUACUAAAUUGGCUCACAUUAUUUUAGUUCACGCGGAUGUUUGAUUAGUUUUAUGCAGCCUAAAGAAGUUCUUCUGUUGUUUGCACUUGACCUUUCCAAUUUAAUUCGUAUUUGAUUUCAUUUAUUGCAGAUAUAGAAGUUGACUUGCAUCAGAAUUGAUUGGGCUGCAAUUUUACCCAAUUGUGCUGCUCUAUUUAUCACCGUGUAAAGGCCACAGUCGUCAUCAUUGUGGGCACUGAUCACCUUCAGCUCUAUCUGCCAAAAUGGCUUCCUUGAACAGACCCGCGAUGUAUCUGCUGUUUCUAUUCCUGAUUACAAGUCCCGUUUGUCUGAGUAAGUCGAUCAACUUGAAGAGUGCAACCGUAAUAAUAGGCGAGGAGAAAGGAGGUAACAAGGAGUUCAAACUGGGGGUUCUGGCACCGGCCAAAAUUGACUACUCUCUCGCACCUAUGUCUCUAAAUUCUACCCUAGUAGCGCUGGAAUACAGUAUUGAGAAAUUGCGACAUGAACUGUUGCCCGAUUACUACUUCAAGCUAUUUUAUAUGGACACUGAUUGUGAUUACAAACGAUACAGUAUGGCCGCAGUAGUAAUGCAGUCUGAUUAUAAAAUCAACGCGUUCUUUGGACCCAUGUGUACGACCUUGUUACCCUGGACAACAGCGCUGUCAAGUCAUUACAACUUGAACUCAAUGACAGUAGGCAGUCAUAGCACAGCAGACGGUGAAAAUACAACUGUUCGAUUAAUGUCGCCUUAUGCGUACUACAGGAAAAACACUGUAUUGCCCGAGGACUUAAAUUGCCCCGACUUCUUUUACACUGUGAAUAAAACACUUCACCACAUGGGAUGGAAGUUAGACCUAGCAGCUAUGUAUAGAAACGAUCACUCACAAAGGAAGCGAGAUGAUCUCAAUUUGGCGACUCUGUGGUCGUUUGUGAGGGUUUGGAAACUGUCUCGUGCAGACCAGGGAGUCGAGACGUUCCAAUUAGGAUUGUCCCACGAGGACUUUCCCAACGGAACUGUUAAGCUGGCAGAAUUGACAGACCAGCAGAUUAAAUUUCAUACCUGGUCCAGGAUUAUCGUGGUUGGAAUGAGUCCGGAUUUUUUUCGACAAGUGGUGCACAGAUUGUUUUGCGUGAAAAGCGACAAAUUUAAUAUCAAAGACUAUGUCCUGAUUUACCUGGAUAAUAAUUACGUAGUCGAUUAUGAUAAGGAUAUACCAAAUCAGCUUUGGAGAGAUCCGACAAAACCACUGGACGACCCAUACAACGUAUGUCUUAAAGAAAAGUAUAGACAUGUGCUUAUCUUCAGAAAUGAAGACUUAUUUGCAGAAACACCCCAUAAAUACGAAAAGCUGAAAACGGAUUUCAGAGCGGCGUGUGACAAGAGUAAUUUCAAGAAUUGUCAGUUGCCCGAAAGUGCUUCCUACUUACAGUACGUUGCAGCAACACAUGAUGGAGUUCGCCUACUAAUGCAAGCUCUAAAUCAGACAGAGGAAAACGCCAGCGGAGUAGGCGGAUCAGAUCGCACAGGAGGCGGGGAAUUGUUCCCCUUUGUGAAAAAUAAAGUUUUCGAAAGCGACCAGUUUGCAGCUCGUCCUGUAAUUAAGUUUAAUUCUGCUGGUGAACGGGUCAGUCGGAUGACCUUGCUGUGCAUGGAAAACAUCGAAACAGGGAAUUUCUCGGCAUAUAUAAUUUUUAAUUUGGACGGGUCGAACACGACGAUUGGCAAAGGUCCUCCCUGGAUUGGAGGCGUGGCGCCUAAGAAUCCCCCUGAUUGCGGAUACACGAAUGAGUUCUGCAGAAAACCGGAUACCUUGAAAUAUCUAGUCACUUUUGUCAGCAUAGGUGUGAGUUUGCUCCUCAUUAUUAUUCUUGUCGUCGGGUUCCUAGUGUACAGAAAAGUUAAAAUGGAAGAAGAGUUGAUGAAAAUGGUGUGGAAAAUCAAAUCAGAUGAACUUGAUUUCUCUGAAAUGAAGACCUCUGAUGCUUCUGCAAUCGGAGAAGGAGGAUCGAAUGAAACCUUGACCAACAGUGGUGGUACAAUUUUCAUGAAGAACCUCCAGAACCACGCCAAUAACUUGCUCAACAAUAAUUCUUCCGCCGCAAACCACCACAACCAUUCUAACACUGUACCACAAAAGUUAUCCCUAGUACCCGCACCAACUACAAGAAAAACCUCAUCUGUUUUUGCAGUAAGAAGAAUCAGUCACCACCAAGGACCCCAAGGCUCUUCGGGUGGCAAGGACAAAGACAAAGACAAAGACAGAGGGGGCCAAAACUCGGGCAGUUUUGCGUUUGAAAACCCCAAUUUACCCUACCCCAGACCAGAGCCGAGAUACGUGUUUCCUCGUUACAGAAGCUACAAGGUUGCUGCUCGACCUCUGAAAGACUCCAUACAGUUCGAACUGAAUCGAAAGCGGCUCAUAGAGUUGAAAAACCUGAAGAGUUUGACUCAUGAGCAUAUAGUGCGUUUUAUUGGAUGUGCAAUUGACUCGCCCGUGAAGUUUAUAGUGUAUGAGAACUGCGCCAAAGGAUCUCUCUACCACUUUCUCCGAUCCCCAAUGAAGGCUGACCUUUCGUUCCGAUUUUCCCUCAUGCUUGAUAUUGCUCGGGGGCUCAAUUUCCUUGUUCAAAAUGGAAUGUUCCAUGGCCGUCUAAAUGCAAAGACUUGCGUGCUAGACAACCGCUUUGUGUGCAAAAUCGGUGACCACGGGUUGUAUUCAUUGCGACCGUUGCCGCUGCUAGAUCUCAGUCGACCCGAUAUGGGAAGCGAAGAUAAAUACUAUGUGAAGUAUGUAUACGUCGCCCCUGAGGUACUUAGACGUGACGCACUCCCGAACGCACAAGCGAUGCAACACACUGAAUUCGAUCAUCUGAUGCAAAGGGCCGACUACUAUUCGUUUGCGAUCAUAAGCCACGAGAUCUUAUAUCAGAAGCAGCCAUUUCAUAUCACAAAUAGUGAAUACACACACAAGCAGAAACUACUCGAGGUCAUCAAAGGGGGCAAGAGUCCAUUCAGACCGAUGUUCGACGACCGCGACUUCACAGACGAGUUAGCCUCGUACGAAAGGGACGCGAAGGAAGGUAUGACUGCCCGACUGAACAAUGCUCGUGUGGUAAUGGAGCAGUGCUGGACGGAGAACCCCCACGAGAGGCCGGACAUGAACUGGGUGUGUGGGCGCCUCAAAGAAAACGUUCCCGAGAACAUAAUGGAGAAUAUGCUGCAGAGGAUGGACAAGUACGCGAAGACCAUGGAGACGCUAGUGGAGGAGAAGGCGAAACAUGUGGUGUUGGAGAAGAAGAGGGCAGACGAUCUACUUUACUCUAUUCUGCCAGUGGCCAUCGCCAACAAACUCAUCAGGAAUGAAAAGGUGCAGUCGGAGUGGUUCGAUGAGGCCACCAUUUACUUCUCAGACAUCGUCGGAUUCACUGCCCUCUCCUCCAGCAGCUCACCCGAACAGGUGGUUGAUCUGCUGAACCAUCUCUACACUCUGUUCGACUCAAUCAUAGAUGAGUUCGACGUCUACAAAGUGGAGACUAUAGGUGACGCCUAUAUGGUAGUGUCCGGCAUUCCCAUCCGAAACGGAUCCACCCACUCGUACAACAUAGCCGCCAUGUCUCUCAAACUCCUAGAAGCAGUCAAGAACGACUUCGUCAUUCCCCACAGACCCGAGGAGAGACUGAAACUGAGGAUAGGACUGCACACGGGACCCGCAUGUGCAGGAGUUGUUGGCGUGAAGAUGCCGAGAUACUGUCUGUUUGGAGAUACAGUCAACACCGCUUCCAGAAUGGAGUCCAACGGCGAGCCCCUCAAGAUCCACAUCAGUGCACAAACUAAAGAAAGUCUGUCGACAUUCAACGAGUUCCUCAUGGAGUACAGAGGGGAAAUCGAGAUGAAAGGCAAAGGCGUACAGAAAACAUACUGGCUUAAGGGCCGAAAAUCCCAAAUCGUGGCCAAACAUCCAAAGUUGGUUGGACUGAUGGGAGGCAACGAGUUUGGCCCCGGAAGUCGACGAAGUGUUUGUCUACCUACCUCACAAACAAAUGCCACUGUUGACAGCAACUUAGACGUAUCCAAAGAUGAUUUGGAUAAGAAACACAAAUCGUCGACCAGUUCAACUCCGUUUCACUUCGACCAUAGUCCAUUAGACGAUUCUGUUUUUGACGCGCAAAGUCCCCAAAAAGAUUCAGCCAAAUCGACGAAUUCAGUAGCACGCAAAUCUUCAGGUGAUGCUCAGGUCACCAAAGCUCACAGCAAUGGCGUGAAGAGUUUAUUCAACUAUAACAAAACGAAGCUGCGACGUCAAUUGAGCUCUGAAGCACCUAUUAGUAAGGAGGACGAGGAGCUAACUGCCACGCCCAACGGGUGUUCGCCCAAAAUAGAUGGGUCAAAUAAGGUCAUGAUGAAUGGGUCCAUAGCUAAUAUGGCACAAUUAAGCCCAGGUUCCAAUCGAAGCUCACAGCACAACGUAUCCACUGAAAUGAGCAGCAGCCACUGCUAAUUUAUUUUCUCUAUCUUUUUUCUAGUCAACUCUCGAAUAAACUCUUUCUUAGUUCUUAAUUCUUUACAUUUGAAUUAAAGUGAAAAAACUCGUCUGCUAGUUUUAAAUCAUUGUUGAUAAAAGAUCGACAUUGUUUGUGAUUUCGAAUUGAUUCGAUUUAGAGUUAUUGCUCAGAUUGCCAAAAAAUUGAACAAAAAAUUGCUUGUAGCAGUCGAGUAGUAUCAGUCUAUUUUGCAACUAUAUCAAUCUAUCUGCGCUAGUUUAGUUUAAAGAUAAUAUGUUCUCUAUAUAGCCAACGGACAUGCUCAUUCGAUGUUUUAUUUGGUGCUAAUUUGUAUAAUGAAAAGAGAAAUGUCCCCUUUCGAAGAAAUAAUUAUUGAUGUAAAUUGCAUUAAGUAAUUCUUGACUUCAAUAUUUAUUUCAAUAGUUCAGUUCGUAAUUUGCAUUUCGGAAGAUAGAGAAGAGAUGCUCUAUCUAACUUAGCUUGUUUUUGUUUUAAUAUUUUAAUUUUAAAUGUAAUGAGGGUUAAUUCAAGUCAUUAUUUUUUAU